GUUCACAAAAAAAAUGGGGUGGAGGAAAAUAAGGCAUCUGUGUGAGUUUAUAACCAUUUGACAUGUCUUUUUAGCCCUCUCCUGGGUCACCCUAGAAUCAGAUCUGCUUCCUGGCAUCUUCUGUUUCCUGGUGACUAUUUCCUGCUACUUUGGAUUGGCCAUGACGGGCUGGAGCUGCCUUGUGACAGGAGCAGGAGGGUUUCUGGGUCAGAGGAUCAUCCGCCUGUUGGUGGAGGAGAAGGAGCUGAAGGAGAUCAGGGCCUUGGACAAGGCCUUCAGACCAGAACUCAGGGAGGAAUUUUCUAAGCUCCAGAGCAAGAUCAAGCUGACGAUGCUGGAAGGAGACAUUCUGGACAAGUCAUGCCUGAAGAGAGCCUGCCAGGACAUCACGGUCGUCAUCCACACGGCCUCCAUCAUUGAUGUCUUGGGUGCUAUUCACAGAGAGUCUAUCAUGAAUGUCAACGUGAAAGGUACCCAGCUCCUGUUGGAGACCUGUGUCCACGCUAGUGUGCCAGUCUUCAUCUACACCAGCACCCAUUUCUCACGUAAAGGCCAGCAAAACUCUGAGCUAGCUGACUUUUUAGCAGGUCACUGGGCAACCGAGUUGACGAUCUACAGUUCACUGGAAACGCCCACAUCAAGACUCCCAAAGGCCAUCGCAGCCUGCCCUAGUCUACCGCCCGCCAUCCUGUUCCCAUGCCAGCCCAGGAACGGCUCUUCCUCACGGUCCUCCAAGCUCUUCGCCCCCCUACAGCGUGUAUUUAAGGAAGUCAUCACCCCCAGCGCAUCUCCUGAACAUGUCUUCCAUGAGAGGUGGCAAGUAUAG